AAGUUAAUAUCGUACAAUUUUCGAUAUUGCCCUAAGGUCCAAGCCAUCAGUGCCUUGCUUGAAGUUUUGGUGACGCUAGCAAUGUCGUCGAUAAUGGAUGCCUUGUCCGUCUCCGUCGCUUCCAGGACGUCUCUCUCUGUCCAAUAUCCAGCGGUUCAUACCGAAACAGUGGAGGCGGGUGGAGUCGGGCCCUGCGUCGAGUGAUGACUUGAUGACCGAUUCUCUUUCGAGGUUGCUCGAAGGCUUCGUCAAGCAAGGCGACUUGCCCAGCGCGCUUAGGACCUUCUCUGUCAUCAGGGUUCAUGCCUCUUCUUCUUCUGCAUCUUCUGGCUUGAGGGAUUCUCUGCCACAUUCCGCAUCUUCUCUUUUGCUGCUGUGCGCCAACCGUAAGCAGCUCCUCCAAGGGAAACAGCUGCACGCGCAGAUUGUCUCCCUGGGUCUUCAGCAUCACCCUGUUCUGGUUCCGAGGCUCGUUAAUUUAUACACGGCGUUCGAUCUCGUCUCCGAGGCGAGUGUUCUUGUCAGGACUUCGGAUGUGUCGCGGCCCUUUGCUUGGAAUCUUCUCAUCUCUUGUCAUGUUAGGAAUGGGUUGUACAAGGAAGCUAUAUCCAUCUUUAGAGAGAUGCUGGGUAACGGGGUUAAAGCAAAUGAAUUCACUUACCCUUCCGUUCUGAAAGCUUGCGGCGAAGAGUUUGAUACCGACUUCGGGAAGGAUGUUCAUAAAUUAAUUGCUGAUGGUCCAUAUGGGGGGAACUUGUUUGUCCAGAAUGCAUUGAUGUCCAUGUAUGGAAGGUUUGGGGAGAUUGACGUUGUCCGCCUCUUGUUUGAACAAAUGCCAGAAAGGGAUGCUGUUUCUUGGAAUACCCUUAUAUCUGCCUAUGCAUUUAAGGGUAUGUGGAAGCAAGCAUUUGAACUGUUUGGGAGCAUGUGGACCGACGGUAUUGAAUUGACUAGUGUAACCUGGAAUACAAUUGCUGGGGGUUGCUUAUGUGUGGGUAACUACCGAGCUGCAUUGGAGUUGAUCUCUCAAAUUAGAAUUCGCGGCAAUCAUUUGGAUUGUGUUGCAAUGCUCAUUGGUUUGGGAGCAUGUUCUCACAUAGGGGCCUUGAAACUGGGCAAAGAGAUUCAUGGCUCUGCCAUUCGUAGUUACUAUCACGGGUUCAAUAAUGUGAGAAGCGCGAUGAUUACCAUGUAUUCCAGGUGCAAGGAUCUAAAGCAUGCUCAUAUUUUGUUUCAAUCAACAGAAGAGAAAAGUAUCACCACGUGGAACUCAAUGAUUUCUGGCUAUUGCCACUUGGAAAGAUGUGAGGAAGCCUCUUUCCUUUUUAGAGAAAUGCUGUUGAGAGGAAUCGAACCAAAUUUUAUCACAAUUGCGAGCAUUCUCCCCCUGUGUGCUCGAGUGGCAAACCUCCAACAUGGUAGGGAGUUCCAUUGCUACAUUGUACGGCGGGACUGUUUUGUGAACCAUCUAUUGUUAUGGAAUGCUCUUGUGGACAUGUACGCACGCUCAGGUAAAGUUUUGGCAGCUAAAAAAGUAUUUGACAUGAUGACAGAGAGGGAUGUGGUGACAUAUACUUCGCUGAUUGCUGGGUAUGGGGUGCAGGGAGAAGGACAGAUUGCAUUAAGAUUUUUCCAAGAAAUGAUUACUUUGCAAAUCACACCAGAUCAUGUGACGAUGGCUGCAGUCCUCUCAGCCUGUAGUCAUGCUGGGAUGGUCAUCCAAGGUGAAAGGUUGUUUGAGGAUAUGCAGAAAUUUUAUCUAAUAACUCCACAUUUAGAGCACUAUGCGUGCAUGGUGGAUCUGUACGGUAGGGCCGGUUUAUUAGCUAAAGCGAGUGAUAUUAUUGCCCGAAUGCCUCAUUCGCCCACUCCUGCCAUGUGGGCCACUCUUGUUGGAGCUUGUCGAAAGCAUAGGAAUCUAGAGAUGGGUAAAUGGGCAGCUGGAAAACUAUUGGAGAUGAGGCCCGAGAACUCGGGUUGCUACACGCUCGUAGCUAACAUGUAUGCUGCUGCUGGUUGCUGGAAUGAGUUCGCGGUGGUGAGGGCUCUCAUGCAUGACUUGGGUGUUAAAAAGGUGCCUGGUUGUGCUUGGUUGGAUGCGGGUUCUGGUUUUUCGCCUUUUGUUGCGGAUGAUGCAUCAAGUCCUCAUGCUCAUGAGAUCUACCCCUUGAUGGAGGGGUUGAGUGAUGUAAUGAAGGAUGCUGGUAGUAGUGACUGUGAGGACACGAAUGCAGAAGUUGCGAUUUUCUGAUUUCAACUUGUGCAGGGAAAUGGUCAAUGGGUUUGAAGUAUUGAGGAGUAUACUUCUUUUGUAGUAAGGUUCUGUCAAAGCCCGCAACCACAAUGCUGCGGACAACAACUACAACACACUUUGUUG